AGUGAAAAUCUUUGCCUUGAGGGGGAUUGUUUGAAAUCUCACCCUUCACCUUGCAUUCUCUCUUGAACUUAGCGGCGGGUGUACUGCUGCUGCUGGUCGGUCAGAAUGCAACACUGACUGGAAACCAAGACUGCAUUGGGUGUAUUUUUGCUUUGCAAAUUCAAUGGGAGGAAUGUUUUAGUUGAACGUCGCGGGAUUAUUUUCCUUUCUAAGCCUUCUCCUAAAGAGCUGAAAUUGGGUCCUGGCAAGAUGACAUCAUCCAGUGAUUAUGGAACCACUUCGUGGGAACUUAAUGUUCAGGUGGAUCAGCCAAAUGAAGAUUUACCAUUGGAGUUUAAGCUGAGAGUAACUGGAGACUUUCAUGUUGGAGGAGUCAUGCUUAAAUUAGUGGAACAAAUUCCUGUACCCCAAGACUGGUCAGACCACGCUCUUUGGUGGGAACAGAAGAAGUGCUGGCUUCUGAAAACUCAUUGGACUUUGGACAAGUAUGGAAUCCAAGCUGAUGCCAAACUGCUUUACACACCACAGCACAAGUUACUAAAACUACAACUGCCUAAUAUGAAGACAGUAAGAUUAAAAGUUAGUUUUUCCUCAGUGGUCUUCAGGGCAGUGGUCGAUAUCUGCAAGGCUUUGAAUAUUCGUAGGCCUGAGGAACUUUCCUUGUUGAGACCGCAAAAUACCAUCUUUAAAAAGAAGAGUAAAGAAAAGAACGAUACACAUCCAAUUAAUGAAGACAUUUUAGAUUUGGAUCAGGUGCCAUUAUCCCCAGGAUUAAUAGCAAGUCCUGGACUGUACAGCAAGACGAUGACUCCCAUAUAUGACCCUAUCAAUGGAACACCUGUUUCUUCUACAAUCACGUGGUUCAGUGAUAGUCCUCUGGCUGAACAAAACUGCAAUAUUCUGGCUGUUAGCCAGCCAAACCUUACACCAGAGGUACUGGCCAAAAUGUACCGGCCACAGAAUCAAGUUGACAAAGCAAAAAUGAAUGCUGGAUGGCUAGAUUCGUCACGUUCACUGAUGGAACAAGGCAUUCAGGAGGAAGAUAAGCUGCUGUUGCGUUACAAGUACUACAGCUUCUUUGAUCUGAAUCCAAAAUAUGAUGCUGUUCGGAUAAACCAGCUAUACGAGCAAGCACGGUGGGCAAUUCUCUUAGAAGAAAUUGACUGCACUGAAGAAGAAAUGUUGAUGUUUGCAGCUUUACAGUAUCACAUAAGCAAGUUAUCACUACUAUCUGAACCGCAAGACUACACAAAUGAGGAAGAUGUCGAUGAAGUCGAGGCUGCCCUGACCAGUCUUGAGGUGACACUUGAAGGUGGAAAAAUUGACAAAAUUUUGGAGGACAUCACAGACAUCCCGAAGUUAGCAGAUUAUCUUAAAAUUUUUAGACCUAAAAAACUGAUGCUGAAAGCCUACAAGCAGUACUACUUUAUUUUUAAAGAUACUUGUUUAUCGUACUUUAAGAACAAAGAAGUUUCUCAAGGAGAACCAAUUGAACAAUUAAACCUGAGAGGAUGUGAAGUUGUACCAGAUGUGAACAUAGCAGGGCAGAAAUUUGGGAUCAAGCUGCUGAUUCCUGUGUCUGAUGGCAUGAAUGAAGUAUAUAUAAAAUGUCAAAAUGAAAUACAAUAUGCUAAAUGGAUGGCUGCCUGUCGACUGGCGUCAAAAGGCAAGACAAUGGCUGACAGUUCAUACCCCACUGAGAUUUAUAACAUUCAGUCUUUCUUGAAGAUGAAGAAUGUAAAUUCCUCACCUCAGGUGAUACACAACCCAAACACCAUGGAUAUGAACCCAGAAUCGCUGGUCUCACCCAGAUAUUUGAAAAAGUUCAAAACUAAACAGUUGACAACACGCAUCCUAGAAGCGCAUCAAAAUGUUGCACAGAUGACUUUGGUAGAAGCCAAGAUGAGGUUCAUCCAGGCGUGGCAGUCGCUGCCAGAGUUUGGAGUAUCUUAUUUUAUAGUCAGAUUUAGAGGAACCAAAAAGGAUGAGCUGUUAGGCAUUUCCUACAACCGAUUAAUAAGAAUUGAUAUGGCGACAAGAGAUCCUAUCAUAACUUGGAGAUAUAGCAACAUAAAACAGUGGAAUGUCAAUUGGGAAAUCAGACAGGUUGAAAUUGAAUUUGAUCAGAGUAUGGCGAUAGCACUCACAUGUCUCAAUGCAGACUGCAAGAUCCUCCAUGAGUAUAUUGGAGGAUAUAUAUUUCUGUCAACGCGUUCCAAGGAUCAAAAUGAAACGCUGGAUGAAGAACUGUUUCACAAGCUUACUGGGGGUCAGGAUUAAUGUUAAAGACCCUCUGAAACUGUGGUACAACCUCAUGUAAGAAAGGUUUCAAAAAUUACAAAACCAAGUUAUUUGCAACAUACAAGUAUACUAUACUUUUGAAAGGAUAGGUAGUAGCUAUUUAUCAAAAGCUACCUAUAAGAAUGACUAUGUUCUACUUAAACAUUAUAACUUCUUUAAAGUGAUUAUCAUAGAAUGUGUUCUACUCAGCUGUUGGCUCGCGAGUGGGAAAAGGUCACUAUUUAAUCCUUACAUGUUAACCUCAAAUAUACUCAUCGAAUGGGUAGCUAUUGGAAAGGGUAAUAAAUAAAUGACCAUAUGGAAACCACUGUGCACUAUCCUUGGCAAUGCUUAUGAUCGUCAAACAAAAUAUUAUUCCACAAUAGGAAUAGGAUAGGAUUACUGCUGGUGAAAUUGCCUGCUGACCUUCCUAAAAACAUGGGCACCUCAUUUUCCACAAUCAUACUAGUUCAGCAGCAGAGACUUCCAAGUUGUGUGUCAGCAAUGGAAAGAACUGGACAGAGCUGGCCGUUGAGAAAAGCUGUUCACUUCUAUUGCUGAGUCUUCAUCCUGACCAUGGCCCAACCCCACAUGCGCGCGCACACAAUUUUUGCCCCAGAUCCCUCU